AUGUGGCAAUCAGAGAUUUCAACCCUCGCAAAGACUCAAUCGCCGAUUUCGACGCCGGAUGGUUUUCAGAUCUACCAUCUUGACUCGGCUGUUCGAGCUGUCGCUCAGAUACAGAAUCCGGAAGCGGCCUUAGACCCAAUCCGGAUCCGUCAAAAGCGCGUCUCGGUUGACCGGGUUAAACGAUGGACGACGACCGGAUCUCCGACGUCUAAUCACGGAUCUACGGUUGUUGUAGAUCGAUCUAACUUCAGUGGAAGCUGGAUUUCAUUCUCCAUUUCUUCUCUUCUCUUACUCGUCCCGGUCUUGUGUCGAUCGGUUUCCGGAUUCCGAUCACGGCCCUACUUUUGUUUUCCGACGAGAAUGGAGAUGGAAUCAUGUAAGCUGUUCAUCGGUGGGAUAUCUUGGGAGACGAGUGAAGAUCGUCUCCGUGACUACUUUCAGAAGUAUGGUGAGGUCUCACAAGUGGUUAUCAUGAAGGAUCGGUUCACUGGGCGUGGCCGUGGCUUUGGUUUCAUCGUCUUCCUAGACCCCAAUGUCGCUGAGAGAGUCGUUUUGCAGAAACACAUGAUUGAUGGCAAAUCUGUGGAGGCGAAGAAGGCAGUUCCAAGAGAGGAUCAUAUGAUGACAUUGAGCAAAAGUAGCAGCAGUCCCCAGGGAUCGCCAAGGCCAUCAUCAAACACGAAGAAGAUAUUUGUGGGACGGUUGGCGUCAUCAGUGACAGAUGCAGAGUUGAAGAACUACUUUUCUCAGUUUGGGACAGUCAUGGAUCAUGUGGUCAUGUAUGACCACAAAACCCAACGCCCGAGAGGGUUCGGGUUCGUUACAUAUGAUUCGGAGGAUGCUGUGGACAGAGUGCUGCAGAGGUCAUUCCAUGAGCUCGAUGGUAAGAUGGUUGAGGUCAAAAUGGCCGUCCCAAAGGAGACCUCUCCCACUCCAAACCGGAACCUGAUGAGCAAGAUGACUACUUUUGUUAAUGAUUACACGCAAGGGUAUAACCUGAGUCCAAUCUUAGGCUAUGGAGCAAAACCUGAAGGUAGGUACAGUCCAGCAGCAGGCAACAGAGGCGGCAGCUUCUCUCCGUUUUGCCAUGGAUUCGGGAUUGAGCUGAAUUUUGAGGCAAACCAGAAUCAGAGUUACGUAAGUGGAUCCAAUGGAGGUUUUGGAAGACCUUUUAGCCCUGCUCCAGGAUAUAAUGCAAACCUGAGCAUGUACGGUGGCCAAGGGAAUGGUUUUGUCACUCGAAAUCAGCUAUGGGCGGAUAAUGCUAGUGCGGGAUACAUAUCAAACUCUGUGAUGACUGGACGGUUGAAUGGGAACUCUGGAGUAGGGAGCAUAGGAGACAAGUGGGGAACAGUUGGUGAAGGGCGUAGCUAUCACGGUUACAGCAACACAGAGUUGGGGUUUGGUUACGGUAGAAACAAUGGAAUGGGAAUAGAAUCUAGAGGAGGAGGAGGUGUUCAUAUGAGCGGUUUGGGUUGGGGAAUGUCUGGUGAAAGAGGGAUGCACGGUUUUGGAUACAUGAACAACACGGAGCAACUGAUGCUUGCUUAG